AACGACAGGCAACACUGAGUUAAUUGUAAUCAGCUGUUUUUUGUUUAUAGUUUUGAGGAAAACACAAUUUAUUCGACGAAAAUUACGUUUUAUCACGACUACCCAACGCAAUAAUACAACGAAAUGGGUACCUGGGUGCUGGAGGUGGCCAAGAUGGGCAUGUACAUGGCCUUUCCGGUGACGCUGUUCCAUUUGUUCAACCAGCCGGAAUACUUUGAAGAAUGGGUGACCAAGAAGAAGCGGGAACUUUAUCCGCCGGAGAGCAAAAGCCACCACGAGGAGCUGCAGCGGGCGAUCCGGGAACACCACGCCCAGCACGACGCCAAAAUGAUGCGUGCUAUGGAAGAGGCGGAGGGCAAGCAGCAGAAGUAGAUGAUUCACCACCACCAAUCCUUCUAAUCCCAGGUUAUAUAACCGGGGGCAAGCAAACAACCGAUGCUCCGAAUGGAAGUGACUAACUGCUCUGUAACGACGUAAUAAAAACAUUUUGUAUUAAACCGAA